CCACGUGCAAUGAAGAGCAGUUAUGUCAGUGCAAUUUUCCUCUAGUCACUUUUGGCAACUACCUGUGAAUCGAAUUACAGCGCGUGUGUGAAAAAAAUAACGCACAACUUGACCAUUUACUUAAUUAGGGCAGUACUUAAAAUUAUAAAAAAUUACAAACAUUCAAAAUGUUGUUCACAACGCCUCUCAGCCUAGUUACACUUGCCUUGGCGUUCGCAUUAAGUUCGGGAUCACCAUUACCAGAACAAUUUCAACAGCACGCACAAUAUAAGGAUGUUCCACUCCAGACAAUUUUACGAUUUGCCCCAGGACUCGAGGUCGUGGAGGGGAUGAGGUUGCAUAAAUAUCACGUGGCUCCGAUGGCGUACUGGCCCGACGGACAAAAGGUCCAGCAGGAAGCUGCACCUUACAUUCUGAUCGGAGUCCCGCAUAACAGUCAAUUUUAAUGUUAAAAAAAUGCAGGUAACCAGUUUAAUAGUCUGGCAAGUGAGACGAGUUUUGUACAAAUUUAAGAAGUAAGUGUGUAAAAUAGUAAUAAAGAUGAAAGAUUUCGGAGAAUUUUUUAAAAUUCUACUUGGAUUUUUUUUUGCAUUAUGCAAAUCAUAAAUAAAUUGCGAGCUGAUACAGGUAUAUAAUUAAACUAAAGGAAGAAAUGUUGUGGAUUAUGAUUUGUUCUAAUUCCAUAGAGGCCUCAAGAUAAAUAGAUCAAUUAGUUUCUUCCGCCUUGUACCAAGUUUACGAAACAAUUGGAUACAAAAAUCGUGUCAAUCACUUCAUGCACUUUUGGUGGUGACCAUUUCAUGUGGCUGAAGGGAAGACACAUUGUGAUUAUGAAAUACCACAAACCGGCUUUUGUGCUAGCACAAGCAAUUUUUCCUAGGAUGUGGCUGAUUUGGGGCUGAUGAUGAUGCAACUAUACUUCAUACAUAUAUAAAUUUCAUGAUGCGACAACAAAUUAUGAGUGGCCAACUGACCACCUCACUUUGGGCUAUGGUCUAGUUAUUGUGACAAGAUAAUGAUAGAUCAAAUGAAAGCGAGUUUAGUUGAAAUGAAAGAUUUUACAAUAAAGCAAGUCUUCUCGUCUCGUUUUAACUAUUCAAAUUAGUAUUAUCUGAGAUAAUUUAUCUCGUAAUCUGAAAUUUACUCAAAUUAAUCCACUAUUCAUCCUAUUUCCACGCUCUCAUUAUACUCGGCUAGUUUGCAGACCACAAAUACACACAUAAACAUUUUCAUAAAUAUAUAAGCUUGUACAUAUGUACUUACGUAUUCAUUGCUGGGGGUUUUUGUCACUUAAGUAAAUCCUAGUUGUUAUAAAUACAUACAAAAAUAAUAUUUGACAAUUUGAACGAAAUCGAUUUUUUAAUCUAAAUUUAGAUGGAUAUCUCUACAAUAAUAACAUUUGACAGUCUUAGGAUUAGUAAUGUUAGGCACAUAUGUACAUAUUUUCUUAUAUGAAUUCUUCAACAAUGGGAAGUGAUACAUAUGUAGAAAGCAGUAGAAAACCGUACAUUUUGUAAAAUUUUUGGGCUAUUUUUUAAACUUUUAAUAUGAUGUUAGCACGUAGAAAUUUGAAAAUGACUUGGCGUGUGAUUGAGCAACAAACGGUUGUCGCAUGAUCUUAUCCAGGUUGUUCUGCGAUAGAACACUGUACCAAUUUUUCUACAAGGGCAUCCCAGGAAAACUUAAUUUAAUGAAUUUGUUAAGCUCAUUCAUACAUUUAGCUCUAACAUUUCGGUUACAGCCACACGAAUUUAUAUUGUCAAACUCGUUGAUUUUACGUGAAUAAUGGGGAAUAUUAAAUCAGAUUCAUGGUUUAUGUCAUUGAGCUCCAUUGUUCAUUGUUUUUUAAUGUCCUCCUCUACUUCCUUUGUCGCCCUUAUUUUACAAGAUUUUGUAUUGCGUUAAUUUCAUAUUGAGCUUGGUAAAACUCAUUCAGAUUUUGGUACAUUCGUAUUUUUAGUUCCAAGCUACCUAAAUACUCGAUUUUACUACAUACAUACAUUAUCCGCUUUCAAACAAUAGCAUAAAUACAAAUUUAUUAGUAUGAAGAAUUUCUGGACAAAGAUUAUUUCCUCGCCCUUUGUUAAAUUUGCGGUCACGCUAGUUGUAUUCAUCGUUAUAUUUUUGUUCCACGUAUACCGUGGAAAUGGGAUAAUUAAUCCACUCUUAAUGACACCUAAGCCGUUUCUGGCAGGAAUCAUCAAAAAUAUAACCUCAGAUCAGAAGGAAAGAAACCUUGAACUUGAAGAAAUGUUUCAAAUCGUGGCUACAACUCCCAAUCUUUGGGGAUAUCGUACCGAAAAUAUGAAAAAUAAUUCGACCCUGGAUAGAAUUUACGAACAGCGAAAAUGGAUUUCUAGAAUUUCCCAGACAGAAUUUAUCAAGAGGUCAAAACCCAAACAAAUCACGGUGUAUCUUGAACCAGGAGACGCUUAUGUGUACACCAACAACAGCGUCAGUUGCCCAUUUGCACCAGAAUUUGAGGGGAAAUGUUCAGCAACAUUCGUGGCGCUCGAGUGGCGUGAAAUGUUUCGAAAACCGGUGAACCCGUACCUGUACAAAUAUAAUCACGUUGACGCUGUGGUAGGAAUAAGGAACGGAUUUUGGGGGGAAGAUGAAAUAUUUCCAGAACAAAAUCUUCCAUCUGGAACUGCUCAAAUAUUCUAUCAAAUAGAAAGCCCAAGUCACACUGGGUCAGCUCGACUUGGACAAACCGGAGCAUGGUUGGCGUCUUACUGGAGGGGUUCUGAUAUUCCAGUUUUGUUGUACGAACUUAUGGAGAAGACGGGUGGCGGGCAGGACGGAGUGUAUGAACAAUUACCAAACUACGAGGAACAUUUAGGAGUCAGGAAAUUGGUCGCAGGAUUGAUAUCCAAUUGUUACUUCGUUAAGAAUGAUCGCCUCGGUUACAUUCAUCAGCUCGAAAAAUACAUGAGAAUCGAUUUGUAUGGAAGGUGUGGAAACUUGACAUGUCCAGAAAACUGCACAACUUUCCUCCAGCAAAAUUACAAGUUUUAUUUAGCCUUUGAAAAUUGUAAUUGUGAAGAUUACGUGACGGAAAAGUUUUUCAUGACAGCAAUCUUGAACGGUAUUGUUCCAGUAGUGAUGGGACCAUCAAGACAAAGUUAUGAAAGCUUCGCCCCACCAAGCUCCUUUAUUCACGUCGACGACUUUGCCUCGCCGAAAGAACUUGCGCAGUAUUUGGAAAUCCUGGAUAAGAAUGAUACACUCUAUCAAAAUUAUUUCGCUUGGAGGAGAAAACCUGGGCCGGGAUGGAUUAUAAGUCAUCGAAGCGGACAAGAUUUUUUUUGCAGAGUUUGUGGUCAAUUAUAUUACGCUGAUUUUGUCCCUCCACCACCAUGGCCAACGAGAGAGACCAGAUUUUCCGAUGUAAAUCCGUGCAGUCAUACGGCAAACAUAAAUAUGACAAAUGAAAAUAAUAUGUAAUAAUAUUAUUAGUGGCGCAAGAUAUCUACUUGUUUCCGAUUUAGGCACAAUGUAUUUGUCUAAUCUGUAGAUAAUGAAAUGUGAUAUAUUUACAUUUUGUAAGAAUUCUAAAUCAGCAAUGUUUUGCAUGAGAAUUUCAAGCAUUUAAUUAUCUAUGAACACAUCGAAAACGGUCAUUAUCAAAAGUUUCCUUUAAUUUAUGGAAUUAACUAACAAAUUCAUAACAUGAGCUUGAUGUGACAAAGGACAUUGCAGAGUGCAAGAAUGCCGAUCUGAGGCUAAACCUUUUUAGCCUACAGACAAAAGUUGUUGGAAGUGAUUUUUUUCAAGUCUAGCAUACUGAUUUGUUCUUAUGCCAUCAUAAUCUUCAAAAUUUAAAAAAAAAUUAAAGUUUUAGCCCCACAUCGGCAUUCUUGCACUCUGUCCUGUAAUUUUUAAAUUCUCGGACAGGGAUUUCCUAAAUUUUACAAGCAUUUUCUAGUCAGCAUAUAUAAUGUACAUAAAUGUAUAUGGGAAAGCAGUAUUUGCAACAUUUGUUCCUUGAUUUAUGCAUUAUUUCUCAAUUUUGUCCUACUAUUUAUUUGCUGCAAUAAGAAGAAUUGGACCACUGAUUUUUAUCUAUUUACUAUUAAUGAAAGGCACAUCUUGGUAAGAUCUUGGAUGAACGAGUUAGAAGAUUGACAUGAUCGGUUCAAUGGACCGAUUGGGGUAAAUACCACAAAUUUUAGAAACAGUGUGUAGAAAUUUGUUAUUCCAAACUUACAUGUUACCAUAAGCAGGAUGAUCAGUAAAGAUUUAACAAUACUGAAAUUAGGCUGAUAGACAAUGAAACUACAUAUAAUUUAUUAAUGUAGUCUAAAUCAUUUCACAAGCUAUUAAAGAUCCUAAAUCCCCUAUGUGGUUAAUGUUCCUCCGAGAUGACCCCACAUGCCAGAGGGAUCAAGAUUUAAGGUCGAUGGAAUUGUAUAACUUACGAAUUUCUAAGAUAAUGUGGAUACAGUCUUACAACAAUGCAACAAUUUCUCAUCAACGUAUGUAGAUAUGUAGCUCAUGUUUAGGGCGUUGUAGGAAAUAAAUAAAGCAUAGUGAAAGCAAUGGAGGUAUAAAAUUUAUACUAUAAAUACAUAUGUACAACGGCUUUAAAUACCUUUUGGUACAUGUUAUUUCCUGCUAUUCGUCAAUUAUUUAGAUAAUAUGGUUUAAAAUCAGGUUUCCAAUUUGAUUUGAAUUUUACGAGGGAUUUAAAUCAUCUGUUCGAAAUUGGUCAGUCAAUCAAUUAAUUUUGUACACACAUAUAUGUAUUAGAGAUGAUAAGACAUUACAGUUUUUAAUUCCUUCAAGCUCAGUAGUCGUAUAGGAAUCUAUGUUAAUCUACUCAAAAAUGACGAUUUAUAUUAAUACUAGUGUAGAAGCCCGUCAUUCGACGUGCAAAAUUUGCCCGUCGAUAAGCCCGUUGCCCCAACAUUAGUGAAGUUAGCCUCUCCUGUUCUCUCUGCAGAGUGGAGAGAGAAAAGGAGAGGCUAACUUCUCAACUAAGCCACCGACCCAGCCAGCAGCGAUACACUCGCCUGCUUUACUAAAAAAAAAAAAAAAAAAACUAGUAUAUAGUUUUAUAGUUUAGAUUCUGACUAUUGGAUUGAGUUGACCAACUCUAAAGGUACAUAAAUAUGCCAUAGUUAUCUGUACGUGCUUGAGUACAACUCUUAAUUUACAUAAUUUUGUUAUGUCAUGAUAAAAAUACUUGGAAGAUGACCGGAAAGGAUUCGUCUAACAUUGAAUAAUAUCCAUACAUACAAUUCUAUUUACCUGCUUGGUUGGUCACAACCAAUUAUCUUUAUUGUGACCAGAAGAUGUGUAGAAACAAAAUUAGACUUGUUUUUGUUGUUGUGCAAUUAUGUUAAGACUCAAAAUAAAAUUGUGUUCAAAUUAGGUCAGAUUUUUUCAUUGAUUUAAUGACAAUGGAUCAUCGGAUGAUUCUGCGAUUCUUUGACAUGGACAUUUAUUGAAUGGGAGUGGGAGGAAUUUUGAUAUGUGCAGAAGACAUUUUACGUGGUGCGUCUCGGGCUUUCCACUUUUCAAAGUUGCAUAAUAAAAUAAUUUAGAAUUAUUGUUUAGUUCAUUACUGUGAUACAAAUGGACUGUCAAUCUGUUAUUAUUGUUGCCUUCACGCCCUACAAAAUUACCUAGGUAUCAAUCAUGUAUGUAAUCGUAUUAAUGAGUCAUCCGGUCUCAUCACUCGGUCCAAUUCUCAUAUUCGUAUUAUCUUUAGUUCUUCCUUGGUCUAUAAAUAUGCGCAGCAGAAAGACCUUAGAUCACACGUUUAGACGAGCGGACAAUUUUUAAAAAUGAUUCGAUAUGCUCGUAUUAUUCGCAAUUUCUUAAAG